AUGGAUGCGAAGCCUCAACGUAUUCGCGUUCGCGGGGAUGAGAACGUGCCGCCCUCCCUCCAUAACAACAAAACCAUCCAUCAGCGCAACAAGUCCAUGUCAGCGCUGAAUACCACCCAGGGCGCGAAGAAUGGUACUCGACGGGCAUUCGGUGAUGUGAACACUAACAAGGACUUGUCUCGAGCUAGUCGCGAUGACUCGGCCCUAACGGGAAAACCUGCUGUGCAGGUUUUGGAGAAGCCUGUGCUUGCACAGGCCCAGCGUCCCGUGUCCGUAUCUACCUCUAAGAGUUUGUUGAACAACAUCACUGCGAAGCCUAUCAACCCAGCUGGCAAGGCUCAGCCUACCAAAACAACCAAGCGCAGCACGGCUGUCUUCCGCGACCAUCUCGAGCCUGUUGUUGAGAAGGAAACAUCCAAGGAAAACCUCACUAGUCGUUCUGUUCGGAGGAAUGAACAGUCUUCUGAGACGGAAACGAAUAGAGCAAAGGAGAUUGAGAAGCCCGAAAAGAAAGAUGCCUCAAUUGCUCCCGCAGACGAGUCCUUAGUGUCGAUUGAAUCAGAUGCUACCAUUUCUGACACCGAAGAGCCUAAGACUGCUCCCUCUGCUACCUCGGUCAAGAUUACAGCCCCCGUUGUCUCUGAGCCUGAAGAGUACUGGGAGGAAGAAGAUGAUAGUUUAACCGCACCCUCAAACAUGCGUGCCGAUAACACCACUGGUGGCACCACUAUGGUCAUUUACCCUAAGUUCACCGCGGGGACCAAGCGCCAAAUUCUGCAGGCGAAGGAGAUAGUCGAAGCUUCCCUUACAGAAGAGGAUAUCUUGGACGAUUUCUAUGAUUCCAGCAUGGUCCCGGAGUACAGCACAGAGAUUUUUCUCUACAUGCGACAAAAAGAGGUUUCCAUGCUUCCCGUUGCUGAUUACAUGGCUAAUCAAACCGAGAUUCAAUGGUCCAUGCGCGCUGUCCUAAUGGAUUGGCUCGUGCAGGUCCACUUCCGCUUUGCCCUGUUCCCCGAGACUCUCUAUCUCUGCGUUAACUAUAUCGACCGGUUUCUUUCCCGCAAAAUCGUCUCCUUGGGCAAGCUGCAGCUCGUGGGUGCCACCGCGCUGUUCAUUGCUGCCAAAUAUGAGGAGAUCACUGCGCCUUCCGUUCAAGAGAUCGUCUACAUGGUCGAUGGGGGCUACACCGUCGAUGAGAUUCUUAAGGCUGAGCGCUACAUGCUCACCAUUCUGAACUUUGAAUUGGGAUGGCCAGGCCCAAUGAGCUUCCUUCGCCGCGUCAGCAAAGCAGACGAUUAUGACCUUGAGACUCGCACUGUCGCGAAGUAUUUCAUUGAGCUUACCAUUAUGGAUGAGCGUUUUGUUUGCACGCCUCCUAGCUUUGCUGCAGCAGGGGCCCAUUGCCUAGCUCGACUGAUGCUUCGGAAAGGAUGCUGGACCCCGGCCCACGCAUACUAUUCUGGAUACACGUACGCCCAGUUGCUCCCUGUCAUCACCAACAUGCUAGACUGUUGCCAGAACCAGCAAACCCAUCAUCAGGCGAUCUAUGAGAAGUACGUCGACCGUCGAUUCAAGCGCUCCUCAUUGUUCGUGGAGAAUGAGGUUCAGGCUGGUUUCACCCUGCCUGCCGCUACUUCUUUCCGUGAACCUGCACGUCUGGUUGGCGAUGCCAACUACUAA